AUGGGAGACUCUCGACUAUGGCAGCUUUUGUUGCCCAUCACCGUGAUCGGCCUGCUCGCCAGCCUAGCCUCUGCAGCCGACGUUGAGGAUUUUGACUGGGAAUCCAUCACCCCCAGCUCAACGCUCUCCUACAAGCCGUGCUACCAGGACCUGCAAUGCGCUCGUCUGAUUGUGCCGUUGGACUGGCAGAACAGCAGCAACCCUCAUAAUGUCGUACUAGCGAUCGCGAAGCUGCCGGCCAAGGUCUCCGACGACAACCACAUGUUCGGCGGAACCAUCUUCACUAAUCCCGGCGGCCCCGGCGGUUCUGGGAUCGACCACCUCCUCCGAAGGGGCCACGACUUGCAGGUUAUUGCUGGCACCCAGUAUGAGAUCCUCAGCUGGGACCCGCGCGGGGUCGGGCACACGAGCCCCGGAGCAGACUGCUACAGGGGAGACAUUAUGGCCCGCGACGUUGCCGACAUUCAGGCGGAAGCCAUCGGGCCUCUUGAUGCCAGCCACGACGCUUUCAGGCGCCGAUGGGCCGGGGCAAAGGCCGCCGGCCAAAUGUGUCAAGCCACGAUGGAGGAAGGCUCUAUUCUCCCCUAUCUAUCUACCGCGAGCGUAGUAAGAGAUAUGGUAGCGAUGCUUGAUCAGGUCCAUGCACCAAAGUUUCAUGCUGGCAUGGACGUUGGUGCUGGCACCGAGAAAGUCUUGGAGCCCAUGGAUGUGCCACGAAUUAUGUAUUGGGGGUUUUCCUAUGGAUCUAUUUUAGGCAACACCUUUGCCUCAAUGUAUCCAGGUCGAGUAGGACGCAUGAUUCUUGAUGGUAUUGCUGAUGCUGAUGACUAUGUCAAAGGUACAUGGUUGACCAACCUCCAAGAUGCAGAUGCAGUUUUGGAAGAUUUCUACAGGGGGUGUUUCAGUCAAGAUCGCAGCUGCUCCUUGAAAAAGUCUUCAGACACCAAAUGGGAAGAUAUCAAGAACAGAGUUGAUGGCUUUAUAACACAGACAACCCAGAACCCAAUUACCAUCAUCGACAACCACGAUAUCACAGUGAUCACUGGGGCUGACAUCCAGCUUGCCUUCAUCCCAACCCUCUACGCACCUCUCAGCUUGUCCAGACACCUCUCUGACUUACUCAGCGAUGCGCUUGGAGGAAAUUACACUCUGCUCCGCGCCGAUAUGGCCCAGACGUCACCAAAGUUACACGACUAUUGCGCGUCAGAACCGAAACCGUUUACUGGUAGAGACGCUGCUCAUGCAAUCAAAUGCGCCGAUGGUGAGGACGAGACCAACCAUGGCAUGGCUUAUUUUCAGUCUUACCUCGACGAGCUCAAAUCACAAUCUCAAGCUCUUGGUCAACACUGGACCAAGAUCCGGCUUGCCUGUUCUGGUUGGAGUACUCGGCCAAAGUGGCGAUUCACCGGUCCGUUUACCACCCCCGAGCCCGAUGCAUCUCUCGUUGAAGGGAAGCCCGCUGCACCUAUACUAUUCCUGUCUUCGCGGCUGGACCCAGUGACACCGGUCCGCAACGCGGUCAACAUGGCCCAGGGACACCCCUCUGCCGCCGUGGUGAUUCGCGAGGGUGCCGGCCACUGCGCCGCAUCAGCUCCAAGUACCUGUAUCUUUCGUAUCAUUCGAGAAUAUCUCGACAAAGCCGUGAUGCCCGAGAACGGCACAUCGUGCUUGCCGGAUUGUGAUCCCUGGACGCCCUGCCCUUUGUCAAUUAAGCUCUUGGAUAAUAGCCUCUUGAGCCGCAGACAUUUCUUCCUCUGA